AUGCGCGACGGUGUAACUCUGGGCGAUAAAUUAUCCGACGCCCACCCUCCUGGCGAGCUUCCAAAUGGUCGUCUGAGAAACGAGUACUACAAGCCGUACCCGCGGGAUUACUUCGCUCCCAAAACCGGCCAUAAGAGUCUAGACAUCGCCAUCAUUGGAGCUGGAAUUGCUGGACUACUAACAGCGGUGGCAUUGGCUCAAAGUGGUCACAAUGUUGAGCUCUAUGAACGGUCGAAAUUCGCCAAUGAAAUCGGCGCGGCCAUCAACAUGUGUCCGAACGCAGCCCGGAUAUUGUCUUAUUAUGAAUUCAAUUUUGAUCGGGCAAUGCCCACAACAGUCGAAGAGCUUAAUCUCGCGGAUGGCCGUACUUUUGAACUUCUGCACCGUUCUGAUACACCCGACAUGGGGGCCCGUUUUGGUGCCCCUUGGCUACUAUUUCAUCGAGUUGACCUACACAAUGAGCUGAAGCGGAUGGCGAUAGAGCCCAGACCGGGUAGGGACGCUGCUGCCAAGGUCCAUCUCCUUACGGAGGUUGUUGACCUUGAUUUGGACGGAAAUUUAACCCUGGCGAACGGCUCACAGCUGAGAAAGGACCUAAUCGUGGUUGCGGAUGGAGUCCGAGUAUGCCUCGCAAUCCCUCGCACAGUGAGACUUUAUUUUAUGACUGGAACCAUGCUCAUCUAUUAA